AGUAUACUCCACAGUUAAUCUUCUUUUUCAGGAUGAAGACCAUCCUCUUCUUUUUGACCUUUCUUGGAGGUCUUCUGUAUGCUUCCCCUUUGAGCGACAGCGAAAAGGCGGAACUUGAAGAGUUUCGAAAGGAAAUAAAAAAGGAAGUCCGGGCGAACGUCACCAAGCUUAUUGGUGAGCUGAAUGCGGCAUUGGACAAACACAUCGCGACUGUCGACGACAAGUCAAAGAGUCUCAGUGAAAAGGUCAAGGGUCUUUUGGAGCUGAGAAAGGAGAACCCCAAGGUGUACAACGUUUUGUGGGCAAUACUCGAGAAAUUCAUUUCGCAGAAAUAUUCUCACAAGAAAUAUGAGAAUCUUAAUGAGACAGAAAAGGCAGAGUUAGAUGAAAAGAAAAAAGAAGUGCGGGCGAACGCCAAAAAACUUAUUGGUGAAUUGAGUGCAGCGUUGGAUAAAAGGACUGCAAUUCUAGACGAUAAGUCAAAAACUCCAAAAGAAAAGCUGAAUGCCCUCUUGGAGCUGAGAAAAGAGAAUUCAAACGCGAACGACAUUUUGGAUGUCACCUUUGAACAAUUCCUUCCAAAACGUAGACACCUUGAAAAAGGAAGGGAACCAUCAAAGCAACUAAAUGACACCGAGAAAGCGAGAAGGGAAGAGUUGAUAAAAGAAGUUCGAGCGAACGUCACCAAACUCAUUGGUGAACUGAACGCGGCUAUGGACAAACAGAUCGCAAUCGUUGACGACAAGUCCAAGACUUUCAAAGAGAAGGAAAAAGCUAUUUGGGAGCUAAGAGAGCAGAAUCCGAAGGUGUACAACGUUUUGUGGGCCAUCUACGAGCAAUUUACUCCAAAGUUUAGACAUCUCGGUAAAAUAUAUAGAAAGCUCAAUGAUACCGAAAAGGAGAAUGUAAAUGAUUUAAUCAAGGAAGUCCGAGCAAACGUUACCAAGCUUAUUGGUGAAUUGAGCGCAGUGUUUGAAAAAAGGACUGCAAUUCUCGACGAUAAGUCAAAGACUCCAAAAGAAAAGCUGAAGGCUCUUUGGGAGCUAAGAAAGGAGAAUCCAAAAGCAAACUACAUUGUGGAUGUCGCCUUCAAUCAAUUCAAUAGAAGGAGACGCUCUCGAGUGACAUUGUCGAACCAACCGAAAGAGAGACCAACCGAUAUGGCAAAACUUGAGAAGGCAAGGGACGAAAUAAGGAAAGACGCGCGAAAGUAG